UCUCAUCGACUCGAUAAACAGCUUAUCGAUAUUAACAAAGGACAUGCCUAUUUCGAACUUUAUAGUUUUUUACAUAUAUGCAAAACGAAAAAAUGUUAUAAUAUAUGCAUAAGAUGACCUUAAAGUUAUCUUAUAACAAGCCUAUAUAUACCAGAGCUAUAUUUAUUGUGCCUCAGUCUAGAAAUAGGUUUUGAAGAAUAAAGUGUGCCUAGGAAGAAACUAUGAAACUGUUUUGUAUUUUUGCUUUGCUAUUUGGUGUCAUUGCGAUGAUCGACGCUAGAGAUGCUAAAUGCCUGCAACCUGUUGACCCUGGGAUAUGUCGAGGACAAAUACCUGCAUACUACUUUAACAGUGAGACCGGAAAUUGUGAGAAGUUCUUCUAUGGCGGCUGUAUGGGUAAUAACAACCGUUUCACCAGUAAGGCAGAGUGCAAUGCUGUUUGCAAAUAAAAGACUAGAAAUCUGA